AUGGAUCACAUUUUGCAAAUGAUGGAGGUUGCGUGGCGGCAAGUGAACACUGCUCGUGGCAGCACGGUCAAGUUGGCCAACCCAGAGCACAAUUUGCUGGUGAGCUUGGAAUGUGCCAGGGACUUCAUGCUGGGCCUUCUCACAGAGCCGGACCCUGGACGACAACGCCUGGGAGAGAUUUUUGGAGGUGAUUGCAGCAGAAUUGCGCGAGUCAGGGCAAUUCUGGAUGGUGCGACUCUUUCUCAUAGAAACUGCACCGACGAUCGCAUCUCAUCUUGCAUGAGCGCCGUGAAAUCGGUAGAAGCUGUGCUGAAGAAGGACUGUGGUGUUGGUCGGCGUUUGUCAGAGGCGCAGAGGAAAGAGCUGACACGUCUGCGAGAGCGACAGAGUCGGUUCCAAGCCAGACAUCUGCGUGGCGAGUUUUCACCAUUGAGCAAGAACGGAAGCCCAUCACAGUCCAGGUCGUCGUGGUUUGGAUUUGAAGCAGAAACAAACGGAUCAGCAGAUGAUGCACUUCCUCCAAGACCGCGUGCCGGUUCUGCCCCGUCACUGCGAGGCGAGCUGGGGCAGUCUGUGUCCUCGUUCCACCAAAGCUGGCAGGCUCUGCGCGAUCACUGGGAAUCGGGGAAUCUCUUCCGCAAUCCCUGGAUGAACACGUCCAAGGAUGAGGGGUGCAAAGGAAGCCGAGACAGUUCUGCGACAUGCUCACGUCGCAGCACAUUGGAGGCAGCCGAGCCAGCGGCGGGUGCAGACAGCUGGUCUGGCUUGAACUUGGUGGCGGACCCAAGACUUGAUGAUGCAGACCCGCGCCAGGCACCAGGUAACCAGAGCUCUAUCGAAGACUCCGGCAGAUGUAUCUCGGAUUUCAAGAACGACGCGAUGCUCACCGCAGAGGCUGGCAUUCAGCCGAGUGAGACCCCGUCAACGUGGGUGGAAGACGAGCCGGAUGCUGCGGCAGUGCGCUCGCCUGAUUGGGAAGAAACAGUUCCAGAUGGAGCUGUAAGCACAACUUCGGACAACACAUCCCGUGCGCAAAAUCUGGACCACCCGCGAAGCUGUGAAAGCGCGUCCUGCAAAUCAGCCGUCGUCCACCUCGACUUACAGGGAAUGGAAGAUGAUGAUGUGACGCUGGAGAGUCCACCAUCAGGAGGAAUCGAGGAGCAAUCCGCGGAAGGCGAUCCCGAUGCUAGCCGCGCGCCUGCGCGCUUGGACUUUGUGCCUCCGGACAGCGACGCGGUUUCAGCCACGGCAGCUGCGGAAGAGGCUGGCGGCAGCCUCUCCACCGAGUCCAACGAUCGUCCUGUGCCCGGUUCCCUCAAGCCGACGCCGGAAUGCGACAGUCCGCCGCAGAGCGUGCUGCCAGCAGAACCUGAUGCAGAUCGGCAGCAGGUUGGCCAGGCGCGUCGUUUCCGGUCCAGCUAUGGUGUCGACGUGCUUCUGCUACAGAACAGUAAGCUCUGCCCACAGGAUGGUGCCAUGGAAGCUGCUGCUCCCAACGCCGAAAAGGGCAGGUGCCCGAGUGAGACCCAGUCACCGUGGGUGGAAGACGAGCCGGAAGCUGCUGCAGUGGGCUCGACUGAUUGGGAAGAAACACUUCAAGAUGGAGACAAGCCGCGAAGCUGCGAAAGCGCGUCCUGCAAAUCAGCCGUCGUCCACCUCGACUUACAGGGAAUGGAAGAUGAUGACGUGACGCUGGAAAGUCCACCAUCAGGAGGAAUCGAGGAGCAAUCCGCGGAAGGCGAUCCCGAUGCUAGCCGCGCACCUGCGCGCUUGGACUUUGUGCCUCCGCACAGCGACGCGGUUUCAGCCACGGCAGCUGCGGAAGAGGCUGGCGGCAGCCUCUCCACCGAGACGCUUGGACAGACAGUUUUGCCGGGCAUGUAUGUUUUCCUGUGA